GCGAGCAAGGGCAUCUGUACCGUGCUGUAGGUCAGCAUCACCACAACUCCCUCCCCUUUGCAAUUACAAUCGCAAAGUUUCUUGUGCCCCUCCUACUUCUGCCUCUGCCACUACUAUCAUACUGCUGCCAUUAGUCUUUCCCGGUUAGAUCACCACUGCAGCUAUUUUAACCCGCCGUACCGGAAGAUCCUCCUCAAUCAUUCGUGAUUGCUUCUCAGGCAUUCGGGUCUUCUUCGCGCCUCGCGAAUCAUCCUUGCCCCAUCUCCAGAGCCGCUUGAUCCUGGUCACGUCGUUAGCAAAUACCGACACCCUACCGCCGCCUUAUCCUUAUUUUCCUCCAUCUCGUCUGCUCUCGCUCCCUCCUUUCCUCCCUUCCUCCAUUUUACUGUUAUAUACUGGUAUUCCCGACGCGGACAUACUUUUCUUGCAUCACCAUCCCAGAAACCAUGGGGCGCGCCACGAACGCACGCAAGUCGCUCGGAACUUUCCAUAGGAAGAUCAACGAGGUACGGGGGCGGGGAAUGGAGCUCCUGACGAUUUCCAUUUUGGCUAGCGGAUUGUUCUUUUUUACUGACUUUUACGGGCUCACAGUCGCGAGUUCUUAUGGUUGGCGCCGGCGGGAUCGGCUGUGAGCUUUUGAAGAAUCUGGUGUUGACGGGAUUCGGGGAGAUCCACAUUGUCGACAUGGACACUAUUGAUCUGAGUAACCUCAAUCGCCAGUUCCUGUUCGGGAUGCAGCAUAUCAAGAAAUCUAAGGCUAUGGUAUGGACCGUUUUUUCCUUCUCUUUCUCUCCCUUUUUAACUGGGAUGGUUAUGGGGCUUACGGAACGGGGGAUUGUCACAGGUGGCGAAGGAGACUGCUGGAAAAUUUAACCCCGAUGUCAAGCUCGAGGCUCAUCAUGCCAAUAUUAAGGAUCCCGAAUUUAACGUCAAGUGGUUCGAGGGUUUCAAUGUGGUAUUCAAUGCCCUGGACAACCUCGAAGCUCGGAGACACGUCAACAAGAUGUGCCUGUCGGCGGAUGUCCCUUUGAUUGAGAGUGGCACUACCGGAUUCGAUGGGCAGGUUCAGGUUAUCAAACAGGCGAGCUUGGGACCUCCCCGCAAGGGUUCGUGAUGAUGCUAACACUCGACAGGGAAAAACUGAAUGCUACGACUGCACGCACAAAGCAACUCCCAAGAGCUUCCCGGUUUGUACCAUUCGGAGCACACCUAGUCAGCCCGUUCAUUGCAUUGUUUGGGCCAAGAGUUAUCUUCUCGUGUUAGCCCCCACUAAAAUAACCAUUUGUUUCAAAUGCAGUUGGCUUACUUUGGCGGAAUAGUGAAAUUUUUGGAACCUCUGAAGAGAGCUCGCCUGACGUAGACCCAACUGAGGACUCCGAGAAUUGUAGGUGUUUUCAUUCUAUUUUAUUUUAGCCCCUGUCAUUCACCCGGGGUGAUCAGCUGACUUUGAUCCUAGCCCGUGAAAUUGCAAAUCUAAAACGAGAGGCAGAAGAACUAAAGAAUAUCCGUGAAAAGAUGGAUUCUCCCGAUUUCGCCGCUACCGUGUUUAAUAAAGUUUUCAAAGAUGACAUCAACCGUCUCCGGUCAAUGGACGAGAUGUGGAAGUCCCGGAAACAGCCAGAGGCGCUUGACCAUCAAAUCGUCUCGGAUGAAGCAAAGGAUAUUGGUGCCAAGGUCUCUAAGAAUGAUCAAAAGAUUUGGUCACUGGCGGAAAAUUACGUUAUGUUUGAAGACAGUUUGCAUCGUCUAGCUGAACGUGUUCUGGGUAUGAAGAAGAAUCAGGUUGAAGGUGAAGCUGCUCCGAUCAUAACAUUUGAUAAGGAUGAUGAGGAUACGUUGGAUUUUGUUGCGGCAAGUGCAAACCUGAGAAGCCUGGUCUUUGGAAUCAAUGCGAAGUCGAAGUUUGAUAUCAAACGUGAGUUUCCCCCCCUACACUAUGUUGCUGGGGAAUUACUAAAUGGGAGCAGAAAUGGCUGGAAACAUUAUUCCCGCCAUUGCCACUACAAAUGCCAUCACAGCUGGUCUUUGUGUUCUACAGGCGUUCAAAGUUCUCCGUGGCGAUCUUAGCUCGGCGCGAACCGUCUUCCUCUCUCGUUCAGCCGACCGAGCCUUCAGUACGGAAAAACCUAGUCCCCCUAAUCCCACAUGCGGAGUAUGUAGCGUUGCCAGGACCACAAUCGAGGCAGACAUUGAACGAGCUACUCUUGGAAAUCUUGUGGACAAUGUAUUGAGAGAUGGCUUAGGAUACGGGGAGGAAAUUACCAUCAUGACUUCACAACUGUUGUACGAUUGUGAUUUUGAUGAUAAUGUCGAUAGAACUUUAAAGGAAUUAGGAUUUAGUGAAGAAACAUUUGUCACCGUUGUGGACGAUGAGGAUGAGCCAAGAAUCAACCUGGUAGUUUUGGUUACCAACAGGUAAGUCCAUCUAUUCUGUCCAGUGUGAUAGUGACAUCUACUAACUUCAUCCCCUAGUCAACUCCCUGAAGGUUCUACUCCAAUUACCAUCCCCACUCACUUCGAAAUUCCCAAAAAGCCAUCAGCCAAGCCCGAAACUCCAAAGCCAUUGUUACUGAACGGAAACGGUGCGAACGGAAGCGCAAUCAAGCGCCCUAUUGGGGAGGUUGUCGGCUCUGACGAGCUAGAAUACCAACCCAACGGCCGCGAUACCAAGAAGCCCAGGAGGGGCGCUGUCGUUGAAAACAGAGUCCCUUCUGCCAAGAAACUUGGUAAAAUGCCAGCUACAGAGCUAGAUGACAUCGUUGUUAUUGAUGACGAUGGAACCAUCACUAUUGACUGAUCAAUACAUUUCAAUGAUCCUGCCUUCCCUCUCUGUUAUUUUCUCUCUCUCCAGGACCUCUUACCUUUAGUUGUCGUUAUUCCUUUUCCCAUCUGCGAGUCCCUGGUUAAUUGUUAGUUGGGGUGAAAUGGAUCAGUAGACUGUGUUCAUCAUUUUUCGCCAGAUUUUUUCAAUAUUUUUCCUACUGCUUAUAAUAUCCUCUUCUCUCACUUUUACAUGUAGGGGGGUCAGCUGGGAGAGGUGGGGAGGCAGGAUAGGUAUGUGGAUUGUACAGUAUUUUACGGUCGGGAUUCCGCAGUUACAUUUACGGGAUGGGUAGAGGUUAUCUUUUUUUCUCCUUGUCGAGUGCUAGAGUAGCAUGGGGAUAUGAUAUGGGAUAACUGGGCUGUGCUGGGCUAGGCAUCGCUAGUAUAGGUAGAGCAAAGGUAUCGUAGCAAUAGCAAGGUAGCCAUAACCUCA